AUGGCUUCCAACGUUUCUGGACAGCUGCUUUGGGAGCUGGUCAAGGGCCACAACAGCUUUGUGCGCAAGAACCUGCACGGCAACAUUUUCAGCGCGGAGAAGGGCAACCUGUACGCCAAGCACUCGUACAAGUACAGCGGCAUUGUCAACAGCCAGGCUGUUGACAUCCGUGAGGGCGCGACCGGCGGCGUUGACAUCUCCGUCAAGCGCGCCAAGACUGUGUCCAAACCCGCCUCCGCGGUGCACAAGGUCACUUCGAAGAAGGGUGCGCGCCGCGCCAUCGCAGCUGUUCGCAAGCAGGUCGGCUCCUACCGCCCGGACCUGCAGAGCGCCGCUGUGGCGCGCGUCAGCGCAGUCCACAGGGCGCUGCGCGCCAAGGCCGCCAAGAAGUAG